UCUUCUUUCGUCUCGACCACAUUUGUUGAGAGAUUAAAAUUAGUGAAUACAGUUUGGCGGGAAAUAUUUGAUUCAGAGCUAAAGAUGCCGAGAAUAGACACAGAUAUUAAACUGGACUUUAAGGAUGUCCUUCUGCGACCGAAAAGGAGCACGUUGAAGAGCAGAUCAGAUGUCAACCUCCACCGCGAGUUCAUCUUCAGAAACUCCAAGCAGGUUUACAAUGGAAUCCCAGUCAUGGCCUCUAACAUGGACACCACAGGGACAUUUGAGAUGGCCAAAGUCCUCGGGAAGCAUGAUGUAUUCACUACAGUGCACAAACACUACUCCGUGGAGGAAUGGAAAGCCUUCUCUGAAGAAUGCCCACAUAUUAUGAAGAAUGUAGCUAUCAGUUCUGGAAUGGCACAGGGUAACCUGGACAAGGUAAAAGCAGUGUGUGAGGCCAUCCCGACCUUGAAAUACAUCUGUCUGGACGUUGCCAAUGGCUACUCGGAACACUUUGUGGAGUUUGUGAAAGAAGUAAGAAGAGAGAUGCCACAACAUACAAUUAUGGCAGGCAAUGUUGUGACAGGAGAGAUGGUAGAGGAACUCAUCCUGGCUGGGGCUGAUAUCAUCAAAGUUGGGAUAGGUCCAGGGUCUGUGUGCACCACCAGAAAGAAGACUGGAGUGGGAUACCCUCAGCUGAGUGCCGUCAUAGAGUGCGCCGAUGCUGCUCAUGGCUUGGGAGGUCACAUCAUCUCUGAUGGAGGCUGUACGUGUCCUGGUGAUGUCGCCAAGGCAUUUGGUGCCGGUGCCGACUUCGUCAUGCUGGGAGGAAUGUUUGCAGGCCACAAAGAGUCAGGAGGUGAACUCAUUGAGAAGAAUGGCAAAAAGCAUAUGCUGUUCUAUGGGAUGAGCUCGGCCACCGCCAUGAAGAAAUAUGCUGGAGGAGUGGCAGAAUACAGAGCCUCUGAAGGGAAAACAGUAGAAAUCCCUUACAAAGGAGACGUAGAACCCACAGUAUUGGACGUCCUAGGAGGGAUACGAUCAGCGUGCACGUAUGUCGGUGCGGGGCAACUCAAGGAGCUGAGCAGACGGACAACGUUCAUUCGCGUGACUCAGCAAGUGAAUGAGAUCUUUUCAGCACACAACGUUUAGUUUGCAAAGUAGAAUAUAGUAGAAAGGAGGAGGACAGAAACUCUAAAUAGAACCAGCUUUAAUUUCUUGCUGCGCAUGCUUUUCUCUUUUUUUGUGAAGCCAACUGAAUUGAACAGAUCUGUAUCCAUGGGUUUAGUGAGCUUGCUACCUCAUUCUAUAUUCAAAAGAAUUGACCACAGUUGUAAGACAUUUGAGUUGGCUAGUAAAGUUAUACACUGUGUGGCCAUGCAGCACUCACACUAGCCCUAUUAGAGGGUGCACUCACAAUGAAACUAGUCAUACUUAGUGGAUCGACCUAACUCUGCGAGGACUCACUGAAUCAAUCAGAUUGACUGAAACACAAACCUCCUCUAGCAGCUAGGUGUGGUUAACUUCCUUGUGCUGCUUGAGGAGGCAUGUCAUUCAGUUAACCUGAUUGCAUUCAGCAAGAGUGCCUGCGGACUUCGGUUACCCUCUCUUUUGACAACACAGGUAAGGCCAAUAUUUGACUCAAAAUAAUCCAAAUGUGUAUGCAACUGUGGCAGUAUUUUGGUUUCAUACAGCAAAUUGUUGCUGAUGAUGCCGGCACACCUUCCCUGUCCAAGUGGCAGAUGUCAUGUACUUAUUAUUAAGUGAGUUGUCCACUUCACCUCAGUAAUUGUUGCCUUAUGCAUGUGUCUUAGUUUGUGUUCACACUGGGGAAAAUUUGGAAUGAAAAUGGGUAAAAAAUGGCCAGUUUCGUGUAGUCAAGUUCAGUGGCUGUAGUGGCAGUCUUCUGGGUAAGCUUCCAGUAGACUUCAAACUCAGGAUGGAGGUAAAAGUAUUAUUGCUCAUAAGUAAAUGGCCAGGAUAAGAGACAUUUGUUAUCCUUCAAUCGGAGAUCUUAGUGGUUAAGUUUGGCAUUGAAAACAGCUGGAGUUAAGGUCAUAUACAGUAUUUAACAUUGUCUUUGUUGUUACUGUUGUUGUUCUUGUGUGAUGUAGUUUUUCACCGUUACUUAUUGACUUCAUAUACUGUGUGUCACACGCCUUAUUUAUUGUCAAAAUACACAAGUGCUUAUUCAAGUACAUGGUCCAGUGUGACGAUUCCUCACCAAAUUCAAGCAAUGUUGAUCCAGUGUGGAUGUCUUUAAAUUCUGCUUUUGUGUGUAAUACCUUAAAGAGAUGUUCCACCACUUAAAAUUAGCAUAUUAUUUUGAGUUAUACAUGGUAAACCUUUAAAACAAAAACAAUGUUGAAAUAAAUGAAGUAUGAGAUUUGUGGUUAAGUACAAUAGAGGAAUAAUAAGGCCAGUACAAUUGUACAUCAGUGAUUGUUUUCAGCUAUUAAAAGGUCCUACAUGAUAUGAAUGUUACAUAUAUAUCUGGUUAAGGAUCUCUCUUGUGGGAUCAUGUUGUAAAAUUUUGAAUUGUGGUGUUAAUUUUGCCUGAAAAUGUUGACAGAUCUCGUGAUGUGGGGCAGUCACACCUUUUGUUACUUUUAAGUAUCUUUACAGCAUUUCCUUCAGUUGAGGUGUCUCAUAAUUAAGAUCACAGUUUCUAUUGCAUUGUACUGAUCUUUGUAUUUAGUGUCUGUCAGAAUCCAGUUUUAGACAAGUACUUUAUUUAUUCUUUAAGAAAUUAUGGUCCAACUUAAAUAUAUGCAAAACUUUACAAAAUAAAUCAUA